CAGAUGGGCUCCGGCCCGGAGGGGGAAGAGAUGUUUCGCAGCCUGAAGCCCUUGCUCAUUAGCAUCCUGACAGACAGCACGGCCAGCCCCAGCGCCCGGCAGAGCUGUGCUAUGGCCCUGGGCGUGUGUUGCUACAUUGCUGCUGCUGACCUGGAGGAUCUGGUCUCAUGCCUGUCCUGCUUGGAGACUGUCUUCAGCCCCUCCAGCACAGGCGAGGGGGGCUCGGCACCCGCCCAGCACGGCCCUCUGCACUGCAGCGCGCUCCAGUCGUGGUCCCUGCUCCUCACCAUCUGCCCCCCUUCCCACAUCAAGAGUGUCUUGGACAACGCUGUCGUAGCGAUGGCAGCGGUGGGCAGUGCCCAGAGCUGCGUCCCCUCCAAACCUGCCCUGUUUUUUUGGCAGGAGGACUUGUGCCACCAAGAUACAGAGUUCCUGCGAGCCCAGCUCAAGGUCCUGGCUACCGAGAGCAAUAAGUACCGAGCCAAGACAGACCGACGGAAGCAGCGCUCCAUCUUCCGCGACAUCCUGCGUUUCAUCGAGAGCGGGGAGUACCAGGAGGAGACCAUCCGAUUUGGCCUGGAGUGCAUGUACCUGGACAGCUGGGCACGCCAACGGACCUACCAAGUCUUUAAAGAGGUUCUGGGCUCCGGCAUCUGCCACCACCUCCAGAACAACGAGCUGCUACGGGAGAUCUUUGGCCUUGGGCCCCCCUUGGUGCUGGAUGCGGCCGCUCUGAACGGCAGCCNNNCUUCUCUCCCCUCCUAGCACCUCUACAACUCAGCUGCCUUCAAAGCCCGCACGAAAGCCCGGAGCCGGGUGCGGGACAAGCGGGCAGACGUGCUGUGA